AUGGAUCUACUAGUACACUGGACAUUAGAUUUUCUAGAAGACGUACUUCCACAAGAGACGCUCGCUUCCCUCCGCGCGUGGCAGACGAAGCUGCUGCACCCGUCGUCGCCGCUGAGCCGGCUCGCGCAACAGAGCGUCGCCCUGCUCUCCACGACGGCGGCCAUGACAUACCCGAUGGUGGCGGACGCGCUGGACCGGCUGGCGGCGCUGCUCGCGACGGCGCCCAACGCGAUCGGCGUGGUCCUGGUGCUGGUGCUGGCCGUCGUCGUGCUGCAGGUGCUCAGCCUCGUGCGCCGCAUCAUGCUCUUCUGGACGCGCCUCGCCCUGCGCCUCGUCUUUUGGGCCGUCGUGGGUCUGGUCGCCUCGGCGGUCUGGCAGCGCGGCGUGGGCCGGACCAUCCAGGACGCCGUUGUCAUUGGGAGUAAGCUGGUCGGGUUCGUGUCCGGGGUGGUGAAUGUUUGGAUUAGGGAGUACGAGCGUGCUCAGGCAGAGCAGCAACAACAACAGCAGGGUUAUCGAUAUCAAGGGAGGAGUGGUGGCGGUCGGUCUGGAGCGGGAUGGUGA